UUUUGAGCCGAGAUAAGGCCGCGGUACCGAGCGGCGCGGGGCGCGUCCCACUCCCGCGUCUGCCUACCGCAGUCGCCGCCCCGGCGGGACCCCGACGGGAACAGGGACCGCGCCGACCCGCACUCCCGCCCCGGCUUUCAGGCGCCGGGGCCUGCCGGAAGUGCCGCCAUAUUAGCCACACCCACUUCCGGCAGCACGUGCGGGCCUUCCGGAAGAGGCGGGGCCGCGGUGAGAAGCGGGGCCUCCCUUCCUGUGGUCCCCGGGCACGGGGAACGGGGGAAUCUAAACCGGAGAGAUGGGAUCCUCCGGCUGCCCCGUUUGCAGCCUACCCUACGGUCUCGGGUUCUCGCCUUCCGGGCCGCAGAGUCGCGGAGCGCAGUCGCCCAGCGUGCGGGGGCGGGCAGGACCUAGCCUGCGAUUGGCUGCCGCUGGCCCGCCCCCUCCCUGCGGUCGAAUCCCGCCCCGCUGCAGGCGCGUGCGCGGUGCGCGGCCGUGGGGGGCGGGAAGCGCUCGGGGCCGCAGCGCCCAUGUCGGCCUUGAGGCGCUCGGGCUACGGCCCCGGCGACGGCACGUCCUAUGGCCGCUACUACGGCCCCGCGGCCGGGGACGCGCCGGCGCACGCCGCUCCGCCCGGGUCUUGGCGGGGCCGCGGGGGCGGCCCGGCGGAGCCGCCCUGGACUGGGGAGGGCGCGGGCGCCGACGGCUACUACGGCCCGGGAGCUGCGUGGCCGGAGCCGGGCCGCGGCGGAGGCGGCCAGCAGGAGCAGUCACCAUAUCCUAACUACAAUUCUAAUUAUUGGAAUUCUACUGCCCGACCGAGAAUUUCUUACUCAAGUACAUACCCUGUAAGAUCAGAAAUGCAAGGCCAGAGUUUGAAUUCCUACACAAACGGAGCAUAUGGCCCACCAUACUCCACUGGCCCUAGUGCAAAUACCACCUCGUACUCUGGGGCAUAUUACACACCUGGAUAUACUCAGACCAAUUACUCCACAGAGGUUCCAAACACCUAUUGUUCACCUGGCGACAGCCCAACCCCAGUCUCUCGUUGGAUGUAUCCCCAGCAGGAUUGCCAGACUGAAACAGCCCCUCUUAGGGGGCAGGUUCCAGGAUACUCUGCUUCACAGAGCCCUGGAAUGACCCUGCCCCAUUAUUCUUACGGGGAUGGUAAUCGUAGUAUUCCGCAACCAGGACCUAGUGGACGAUCCCACGAGGACUCCUGGGCUCCUCCUGGGACUUACGGGAUGGCAAACCGGUACCCCUGGCCGCCAGCUGCUCCCGCAGCACCGCCCGGUCACCUCUACGUGAGCGAGAACGCUCCCCCGUGGCCUGGCGCUGGCUCUCCUCGUGCUCCUCAGCCACCUCCCUCACCGCCUCUGCAGCAACCCAAGGAUUCCUCAUACUCCUAUAGCCAGCCUGAUCCAGGCCUGAACCAGCACAGCUUUCCUUGCAGUGUCCAUCAGUAUCAGCCCUCAGGAGCAGUGAACAGUGACAACUCCGAGCCUUUGGAUCCCCAAGUCCAGUACAGUGCUGAGCCUCAGCUGUAUGGGAAUUCUAGCAGUGAGCAUGCCAGCAGUCAAGGUCAAAGUAGUCUCCCCGAGGAGCCUUUAUCUUCAGAUCAAAGUACUCCCCCAGGUAUUAAGAAAAUCAUACACGUGCUGGAGAAGGUCCAGUACCUUGAGCAAGAAGUUGAAGAGUUCAUAGGGAAGAAGACAGACAAAGCAUACUGGCUUCUGGAAGAAAUGCUGACCAAGGAGCUGUUGGAACUGGAUUCAGUUGAAACUGGGGGCCAGGAUUCUGUUCGGCAGGCCAGGAAAGAGGCUGUUUGUAAAAUCCAGGCCAUCCUGGAAAAAUUGGAAAAAAAGGGCUUAUGAAAAGAUAAGAAACAAAGGGGAAAGCUCCUAUUACUAACUUGACCAAAGAACUCUUGGUUUUGGUUGAUUCCUCACAUCCUGAAAUGCCUGUUGAUAGCAAGAAGCAGUACAUUCUGACUUCGACUCAGCGCUUGGAAAGCUGCUAAUGGACGGGGCGAACAUUUUAAUUAUGAAUUGUUUCAGGUUUUCAGACCAAUGAAUGUAAUCGGAAACUGGAGUGUUCAAUAUUGCCAAUUAGAUUAAUUCCUUAGACUUGUGGGUAAUCUAGCAAGCUGCUUCUUAUCAGCAGGAGGUAAAAUACACUUGUGUAACAGGCUUAUCUGAAACCUCCCAGACGAGACUGUGAUCCCAGACCGUUCUUUUUUGAACAUCUGGAUCACUUGUCACAUUUUUGUACAUUGUGACUGCUUCCAGUGUACACCUGUAAAUUACAGCUUGGACUUUAGCCUUUCUUGAGCCCUGUUUUGUUUUGUUAUUUGCAGUUCACAAAUAUAGUAUUCUCUAUUUCUUGGUAUAUUUUGUAGUAAUAUGUUUAAUAUAAUAAUUCGAGAGACUAUUGAUAGCCAGAGAGUAUGGCAAUUCUGAAUGAAUUUAUAUCUUUUCUUCACUUGAAUAUGUUGUAAUGUGUGUAGUGAGUUUCUGAGAUAAAUUGUCUCCCCUUUUGUAUUGAUCAUUAGGUUCAAGUUUUAUCAUGUCUCUUCAGUGUUACUAGAGGAAGGUAAAUUUGGAAGUGGCAAUUCAUAGGAAUGAAAUUGAUUGUUGGCCAUCUUUGAGUUUUUAUUUUUUUAGUUGUAUUUGGAUAAAGAUUCUCUAAACAGAAUAUAAUUACUUCUUCACUAUUGUUGCUUCCAUAUGAAGCAUUAUGAUAAAUAGAGAUAAAAAUUUAAUGCCACAGUGAGUGGAGAUAAUAACUGAAAAAGGAAAUAAAUAGGACAUGGAAGUUCUACUCUAUCCAGAAUUGGAAUUUCACUAUCGAGACCUCAAUGAGCAGAUUUCAGCUCAGUUUAUGAUACAGAAUAAUGAGGGUGAGUAAAGGGUUCGUGCUCAGGGAUAUACCAAGAGUGGGGAAUCAUCUCUGCAAGGCAGGUUUGCUUCUGGGGACGCAUUUGGCAGUGCUCAGGGCGUGUUUCCAGCUCUGCUCAGGAGAGGCCCUAGACAGUGCCCAGGGGUGUUGCCUGGGGGUGGCAGCAUGCAAGACAGCGCCUCAGCCUGUGCACUGUCCCUCCAGCCCCAGGGAGAUUUGGUUUUUAUCUUUAUUUCCCUGGAAUAAAUUGCACACACACAAUAUUGCCUGUUUUGUAAGAAAAGAUGUUUUAUUACCAUUAAUUUUCAUUAUAGAUCCCAAUUUCAGGAGAGAAUAUUGAAAUGUCUACUCUGGGCUUGCUUGGACAGCUCUCUGCUUUUACAUGGUGUUUCUGACUUUACACCUGAAGUGAGUUCUAGUAUACAGUAUCUGUAAUUGGGAAGCAGCUGCUUCUUACCAAGAUGUUCAAAUGAUAAUGUUUUUUGCCUAAAAUGCCAGGCUUGUUAACAAAUCUCUCAGCCCUCUCCUCUCCUUACACAUGAAAUACUAUUGAUAGGACAAAUAUGAUGAGAAGACAAGAGUAAAAAUAUUGGCUGCACUAAAUAUGGUAAAAAAUAAUCAUAUGGUUGGAAUGCAUGAUUUUAUGAGAGAAUAUGGUGAUAAUUUUACUAUAGUAAAUACUGGCUUACCAUAGGAAUGUUAAAAAUGUUUUUCUCGAGUUGGAGCGAUAGUACAGCGGGUAGGGCGUUUGCCUUGCAUGUGGCUGACCCAGGUUUGAUUUCCAGCAUCCCAUAUGGUCCUCUGAGCACCGCCAGGGGUGAUUCCUGAGUGCAGAGCCAGGAGUAACCCCUUGCAUUGCCAGAUGUGAACCCCCACCCCCCCAAAAAAAAAAGAAAAGAAAAAAAACACUUUUCUACGAAAAUUAGAAACUUGAAAUUAAAAAUUUAGGAUUGGGGACCUUUAAAUUAAUGUAAACCAGCGAGUGGUAAUUCAGGAGAUGAAUAUUACUACUUAAUUGAGUGCCCAACAUACCAAUUUUCAUAGUCUUGAUAUAUAUAUUUACAUUAUACACAUAGAUACAUUUAUGUGUGUAUUUUUGUCUUUUAAAAAUUUUUUUUGAGGUGACUUUGGACUGAAUUGAAGAGUUGUAAGAUAAACACUCAACUUCCCGUUAUAUUAACAUCUGCUAACCAUAGAACACUUAUUAAAUUUACAAAGUUAGCCUUGAUACAAUACUGUUAACUAGAGUUUUAAAACCAGAGAUUUCCUUUGUCUUUUCACAAAUGUCCUUUUACUCUCCCAGGGUCCAAACAGGACCCGAGUGGCUGUGUCUCACUGUGCCCUCCAGUCUGGGUGUGUUGGCGCCUGGCUUGUCCUGCAGUCCUGGUAUCGUUGAUCCUGCUCACUGCCUAAGGUGGUGUCUGUCUGCUAGAAUUCUCAACCCUCAACUUCCUGUGUCCUCCUUUGUGGUGACUGUAUAUUUGCUGGGACCCUUUGAGACUAUGCAAAUGUCCUGUUUCUGCUUAAUUGUUUGCCCACUCAUUUUUGGAGCCCUUGGCAGAUCUUGCUUUGUGUCAGUUCCUUACUGUGGCGGUCAAAUGGUGAUUUCUACUUCUCCUAUUUUUUCUGUUUCUUCAUUGGAAUUCUUUGGUAAGGGAAGGGUCAUCACUUCUGAAUUGUAUUUCUAAUUAUAGUAAGAUUCAGGAUAAGUACAAACUGAACCUAAAGCUGUGUAAACCAUGUUAAAAUGUUCUAAAUACCAAUAUCUAAGGAAAGACAAUUAAGACAGUAAGCUCCUUCAGAAAGUACAAUGAACUUAAUAAGGAGAAUAAUAUUCAUAAUUUGUGGGUUUAGUUUAAGUUUUGAUUAAAUAUUGACUCCAGAAUGAAUUUAAAAUUUUAUUGAUAUGUGAUUGAUAUUAAAACGUGUCUAAAUUUAUAUUCCCGUGGGUUAAUUUUUGUCAAAAUCUUGAAUAAAGUUUCCCAGACCUGGCAUGUUAAACACAA